AUGUGUUACCUUCAUUCAAAUCCUGUUCGCAUUAUUGUUAACAGCACAUUUUUGCCGGUCAUAACCUACUCUCGAAAUUUUCCAGAUUCCCUUAAAUAUGGGGAUUACAAAUUGUCAUCAGAUUUACAUGUUGUUCGUAUAACUCACAAGGAUAUUAAUGUCGACAUUGUCACUUUUCAUGAACGUUCAUUGCAGAUCGAAUUUCACUGCUUGUCAGACAGAGACCCAAUUUUGCGCAAGUAUGGAUGUGACAAAUCAACACAACUUCUUUGGCAUGCAGAGCUUGCAGACGAUAUAGUACCAGAGGAGUGCCAGAUGCGUUCUGAUGAUCGGGAAUAUGUGUUGAAAAAAAGAGAUCCAAAGCAAUGGACUUCGGGCCUACUACAAUGUAAUUCAUCCAAUACAAGUGCCUUGACUGUACGGUCCUCGACUACAGCUCGUUCACAUCCUCCACGUCCGAGCGUAGCUUAUCGAUACACCAAUACUGUUGCUGAAAGAUGGAACGCCUGUGCAGCAGCGCAAUCUUCCAGCUCGGGUUCUUCACAUAUCUCCAAAUACCAACGUACCUCCUACUAUCCAACAAGUCGAUAUCCAUAUUCACCGCAAAAUUUCAUCGAUUCAGAUUACCCUUCAACGAUGAGGUCGCGUUCGACAAGUUCAGUCUUACGCAGGUUACAGAUUUGGUCAUUUCUAAUAUUACUGUCAUCUUCGUCGUUGUGCUCCUCCAAUUUCUCAGCGUCAAACAUAGCUCAUAGUUCAGGAAGUGAUGGACCAUUUUCAGGGAUCUCAGCGUUAAAAUCCUCUGUUUCUCCUACUCUAUCAUCCUCAGGCCGUCCAACUGCCAAGGUAUUACCAUAUGAUGAACAAGGAACAGUUGUUGGUGUUGGCUUUACUGGUUUACGUAAUAUUGGAAAUUCCUGUUUCAUGAAUUCAAUCCUGCAGAUGCUCGUCAACUGCAAGGAGCUCCAAAUAUACUUUAAUAAAUGUCACUACAAAAAAGACAUCAAUGUGCUGAAUCCACUUGGUUUUGGUGGUCGACUGGCUGAGGUUUUCGGAGAGUUUAUGAUCCAGAUGUGGAAUGGGAUGAAUCGUAUGUAUGAGCCCACUAAAAUAAAGGAUUUGGUAGCCGAGAAAGCAGCUCAGUUCGCUAAUUUUGCUCAGCAUGAUGCUCAUGAGUUUUUGAGUUUUGUAUUAGACGGAUUACAUGAAGAUUUGAAUCGAGUGCGGUCGAAACCUACAACAAGUGUAGUUGAAGUUGAAGGCCGACCAGAUAUAGAGGUUUCAAAAGAAGCUUGGCAAAAUUAUCUUAUGCGCAAUGACUCGAUUUUUGUGGAUCUCUUUCACGGACAGUUGAAAUCGAGGCUGCAGUGUCCGAACUGUUAUCAGAUAUCUAUAACAUUUGACCCGUUCGUUUACUUAGCUGUUCCAUUCCCAAAGGAAAAACGUUCUUCUGUUGUAUAUUUUUGGCCUCUUGAUCCAUGUUUGAAGCCAGUUCAGAUAGCAAUACGGUAUAAUGCGGAUGGGAAGGUUUUAGAAAUGUUAGAUGCAUUAUCUCGACUAGUUAAUGUGAAUCCUAACGCUAUGCGCGUGAUUAAAGUCAACGACCAUAGAAUUACUCGCGUAUUUGAUCUGAAUGACAGUGUUAACAACAUACCUUCUAUGAAUGCAGUACACGUGUUUCAAGUCCACGUUCCUUAUGACUGCAAUGAUGAAGUCCUUGAAUUUGCGGUUGUUCAGCGUCUUCUUUAUCGCAAAGACAUUGAACGAGCCUGUAUCUACUGCCAUGCUUCGGACGUAAAAUUAAAAACUUGUGAUCGCUGUUUUGAUGCUUUCUAUUGCAACCGGCAGUGUCAGAUAGCAGAUUGGCAAGAGCAUAAAAUAAGCUGCAGAUCACGAAGCCAAGUAGAAGCAGUUGGGCUACCAUUUAUCAUCUCAUUACCCAAGAAGCGAGCCACCUAUGCAAAUAUUAUGCGAAAUUUAGAAAGUCGUUGCAAACUUUCUGUCAAUGUAUUUCAACCACCUGUUGAAAAUAACGAUGCAUCCAGUGAUUCGGUAGGAUCUUCUCGUGAAUCAUUCGUGGAUUUGAGCCCACCUUCCUCAAUAUCCGCUUGUAAUGCUAAUAAUGAAGAUUCUUCGAAUGAGGUGACUCCUGUUGCGGCGAAAAGACAAAUGGUUUUUGGUGAACCACGCAAUAAAUCACGAACAGACGCUAAACUCUUUGUGGUGCGUAAAUUGCAACAUGCAGAGACAGUAACUGGUGACACGUUAGUAGACCCGCAUUCAGAUGCACCUUUGGAUUUGCCAAAUGGUACAUUUCUGUCUAUCAACUGGUGGAAUUUGAAAUGUGGUAAAGAAUACUUGACUGUCGAAACAAAAGACCAACUUGAUGUUGAUUUGGACAAGUCGAUUCAUUAUCAGAGGAUGUCAGAAUCCAUGCAAAGCAAAAGCUGUAUAGCUUCAGUACCAUCCUUGUACGACAUGUUGGCAAUGUUCUCGGAGACAGAGCGUCUUAAACCGGAGGAAUCAUGGCAAACUCUAUACUUUUUUUUCAGGUAUUGUAGUAAAUGUAAAAGACAUGUGGAGGCUUCGAAACAGCUAGUUCUUUAUCGCUUACCUCCUAUCUUGAUCAUACAGUUAAAACGUUUCAUUUACUCAUCAACGAUGAUGGCACUGAAUCGUCGUUCUAAAGAUGAUCGUCGGGUGCAAUAUCCUAUUGAUAACCUUGACCUAUCGCCUUUUCUAGCCGAGACAGCCCCAUCUGGACAGGAGACAAAGUAUGAUUUAAUCGGUGUCGUGUGCCACUCUGGUAGUAGCUACUUUGGUCACUACAUAUCGCUAGCCAGAUUGCUAAGUAUUGAUGGCAAGACGACUGAAAUCGAUUGGCGUACUUUUGAUGAUGCAGCAGUUACACGGACUCAACUUUCACGUGUUCAGAGUGAAGACGCUUACUUGCUUUUUUAUAAGCAACAGGGCAAUGCUGCACAGGAAUUAUUUAAGAAAUACUACGAUGUGGAAUGA